AUGUUUUUAUGUUGGUUAAUCUUUUUGUAUCAAGAGGCCGAACAAGAAAAACGUCCGAAUUCAUAUUACUAUUUCAAUGAUCCUCCAGCAAAAACGCGAUACGCAUACCUUUCAGGCUAUACAGGCGAUGAUGACAGCGGACAUUAUUUUGUAUUAGCAAUUACAUGCGGAUAUUCUUUAUUAAAAACAAGUCCUAACUUCGACAGAGUUCUAAUGAUACCAAGUGAAAUGAAAAUACCUCCAGAAAAGAUGAAAUUAUUAAAACAAAUUUGGACUCAUAUACUAUAUAGACCUUAUAUCCAAUGGCCAGAUGGAUAUAUAGAUACGCAUGCUCGAGAUAUGUAUUUGUGGUUUAAAUUAAAUGCAUGGAGUGUUGUUGGCUGGGAGAAAUUAUUGUGGACAGGGACAGAUGUCGUAUUUCGGAGAGAUCCAUCAUCAGUAUUUGACUUUCCUCCUCCUUGCUCAAUCAUUGAUCACUAUGUUUACGGAAUGUCUCAUAUUGGUCCUGUAACAAAUGGAGAUUUCUUCUUAUUAAAGCCUUCACUCAAGACAUAUUCAGAGAUGAAAACACUUGCCCUUGAUUGGGCAAAAGAUCCUGAUGAAUAUGGCCACAAACUACAACUACAAGGUGCUUCAUGGACUGGUCCUCAUGAUCAAGGACUUAUUACUCAGUAUUUUGACGGUAAUAUUACUACGGUACCUCAAUGGUAUCAGCUUGAAGUACCAGGAAACCCUGCAUCAAUGCUUGGUUUGAAUAAUACGGAAAAUCCAGAUCCAAGAGUUAUUUCAUUUCAUUUUCCAUCAACAAUCAAACCAUGGAAGAAAGAUGCAGGUCCAUACUCUCAUGCUUGGUCAGCAAUUGCAUACGAAGCGUUUGAUUAUUUACAAGUUUCAAUAGACUUGAUAGGAAAAGGAUUUCCACGUCCUUCAGGUAAAAUACAUCCAAACCUUUUAUUUGCUAUUGAACAGCCUCGAAAUGCAGAGCCAGCAAGAAUAAUUGACCAAGAUGACGGAAUUGAUCCUAAAAUUCUUUUCCCACCGAAUAAUUUUAGGGCUAGGAAGAUUGUUCGAAUUUAUGCUUAUAUUAUAUUUUGUAAUUUGCUAUUUUUGGCUAUAUUUACCCAUGGAAUGUGUAAUAUACAGGAAGAAAGACAAUAUCAGAGACUUUAA